CGGCGGGAAGGGGCGGGCGCUGUUUCCAGGAAGUGGCGCUCGGCGCGGCGGCGGCUGCCGGUGGGCGGGGGGAGCCGGGGGCGCAGCGCAGCCAUGUCGGAGCGGAAAGUCUUGAACAAAUACUACCCGCCCGACUUCGACCCCGCUAAGAUCCCGAAGCUCAAGCUCCCCAAGGACCGGCAGUAUGUGGUGCGCCUCAUGGCUCCCUUCAACAUGCGUUGCAAGACGUGCGGUGAAUACAUCUACAAGGGGAAGAAGUUUAACGCCCGUAAGGAGACCGUUCAGAACGAGGUGUACCUGGGGCUUCCCAUAUUCCGCUUCUACAUCAAGUGCACGCGGUGCCUGGCGGAGAUCACUUUCAAGACAGACCCCGAGAACACCGACUACACCAUGGAGCACGGCGCCACGCGGAACUUCCAGGCUGAGAAGCUCUUGGAGGAAGAGGAGAAGAGGAUGCAGAAGGAGAGGGAAGAGGAAGAGCUGAACAAUCCCAUGAAGGUCCUGGAGAACCGAACCAAGGACUCCAAGCUGGAGAUGGAGGUCCUGGAGAACCUGCAGGAGCUGAAGGAGCUCAACCAGCGCCAGGCCAACGUUGACUUCGAGGCCAUGCUGCGGCAGUACAAGGAGUACGAGGAGGAGCAGAAACGCAGGGAGCAAGAGGAGGAUGAGCAAGAGAUGAAAGCCAUGCUGGAGGAGGUGCAGAACCGGCGCCUGCUGGUCGACUCGGACUCCGACGAAGAAGCUGCGAAACCAUCCGCAAAGCCCGUGGCAAAAACGAGACCUACGGACAUCCUGCGGGAGGACCCUCAGCCCCAGAGUAAGAAGCUGAAGACCGAGAGCUGGGAGCGCAGCGUGGGCAAACUGAACAGCAAGUCCCAGCUGGCCGGGCUGGUCACGGUGAGGAAGCAGAAGCCCAGUGCCAGCCUGGCAAACAGGACAGAGAACCACAGCACCACGGCCAGCACUGGCUCGUUUCCCCCAGCAACGGGCACCGCGUCGACGUCGUCCUCCCUCGGCUUGUUGGGGGCGUAUUCGGACAGCGAGGACAGCGCCGGUGACUGAUGAAGCGGAGCCAGGCCGGGAGCGGGGCAGUGCGGGCUGCCGCCCCCCAGCACCUCGUGCAGGGCUGGCACCGCGACCGCGGGGCCCCGGGGGGUUUCCAGCCUGCCUGGGGUCCCCACGUCUUCGCUUCCCCGGAGCACCGGGGCCGGCCAGGACCAGGGAGUUUCUCCGUCCUCCUGGCACCCCCUGUCCUCAGCCCCCCUCCGGCUGCUCUGCGCCCCACCACUGCCACGGAGGGACCCUGGGGCCUCCCUCCUGCCCCACAGCCCUGCAGGGGGAGGCGGGGGCUCAGCACGCUCCCUUGUGGCACCCCCCCGCCCCCCCCAACCUCCCCCUUCUCAAGCACUGAGUUUCUCCUGCCCCCUUCCACAACGGGGGGCUCAGAUCCUUCCCUGGGGGGUGGCUGUGGUCCCCCCGCUGUCUUGCCGUGGAGGAGGCGCCUCUCUCACGGGCUCUGCUCACGGCCGGGUAAUAAAUGGGAUGUGUCAGA